GAACUACCGACGGCUAGCACUGAGACUAGUGCACGAAGCAUUCUUCAUUCUUCCUGGCUCGUCUCCAUAUCUCCAUGGAGGAGAAAAAAAAAAAAAAACGUAACGCAUCCUUGGGAUGUGAUUGAAGUUCCUUGAUAUCUGUCGCAAUGUCUUCCGACGUUUCGCCUCGAAGCGAGAGUCACUUCGAUCGUCCGUCCGACUCCCCCCCGGAUAACUGCUUGUCCGAGACCAGAGCGCCGCCUCCUGCUACCGAGGAGGACCCUGCCCAGCGCGAGGAAUGGUCGUCUUCAGGAUACCCUCUCCCUCCAACGACUGAAAAGCCCGCGGAUGGCCCAGUAGAGCCGAAUCCAGAGCGCGAUGAGCCGGUCGCCCAGCCGCUGUCGCCGCGCGUCACCUACCUCUACACCCUGUCCUACCUCGUCUUCUUCUCCUUUUUCGGCACCCUGGCGCGCAUCGGUCUCCAAGCCCUCACCUUCUACCCCGGCGCGCCCAUGGUUACGGGUGUUCUAUGGGCCAAUGUCGGCGGAUCACUCCUGAUGGGCUUCUUCCUCGAAGACAAGAACCUCUUCCGCGAAGAAUGGGGUGAACCCAGCAAGAAACCCGACGACCGAGACAAUAAUAACUACUCUGGCACCUCUACUCCCGACGAAGCGUACGAAGAAUCCAAACGCCACAAAUCCGUCAAGAAGACCAUCCCACUGUACAUCGGCCUCACAACCGGUUUCUGCGGCUCCUUCACGUCCUUCUCCUCCUUCAUCCGCGACAUCUUCCUGGCCCUGGCCAACGACCUUCCCAACCCGUCGUCCUCCACAAUUUCCCACCGUAAUGGCGGCUACAGCUUUAUGGCUCUGGUGGCCGUCAUCCUUAUCGAGGUAUCCCUCAGCAUGGGCGCCCUAAUAGUCGGCGCUCACCUGGCUCUCGCCCUCGACCGCUUCACCCCUUCGUUCCCCUUUCGUUUCACCCGCCGCUUCCUCGACCCGCUCAUCGUCCUCCUCAGCUGGGGCUGCUGGCUGGGCGCAGUCUUCCUCGCAAUCUGGCCUCCAGAUCGCCACGACCCAGGCCCAGAAACCUGGCGGGGUCGCGCAAUCUUCGCCCUCGUUUUCGCACCCCUUGGCUGCCUCCUCCGCUUCUAUCUCUCUCUUGCCUUGAACGCCCGGAUCCCAGUGUUCCCGCUGGGGACCUUUACAGUGAAUAUCUUCGGCACAAUGGUCCUCGCGAUGUGUUAUGAUCUGCAGCAUGUGCACGGGAUCGGUGCGUCCUGGGGACCUGCUUCCCUUGCGGCGCCUUCCAUCCUCACGAGCUGCCAGGUUCUCCAGGGCGUGAUGGAUGGGUUCUGCGGUACGGCCACAACGGUGAGUACAUGGGUGGCGGAAUUGAAUGGGCUAAGUCAUCGGAGACAUGCGUAUAUCUAUGGCGUUCUGAGCGUGGCUGUUGCAUUGGGAUUCUUUGUGAUUAUUGCGGGGUCUUUGAAAUGGACGAUUGGCUUUGUUACUCCUGUGUGUACUUGAUUGUUUACUAUGUCUUUUACUGUACAACUUUAUAUUAUUGAGAUGAUAAAAUAUAAAAUCGAAUGCUUACAUGAC